CGAGAAUGGAGGGGAUUGAAUUCCAGCCAACUACAAAUACAUAAUGAAGUCGCUGUUAGUAGUAAUGGUCUUAGCCUCAUCUUCAUUUUCGUCUUGGCUUUUCUCUUCUCUCCAUCACGAUGUUUCUCCUUCGUGAGCUUGUACCGUUUCUUUCUCUCUGUGCUCCGAGUUUGGUAGCUGCUAUCCCUACUUCACGUACUAUUGUCCCUACUGUUACGGUUAAGAAUGGUACUUAUAAAGGAGUUCAUGAUACAUACUAUAAUCAGGAUUUCUUCCUUGGGGUUCCGUAUGCCCAGGUAUUUUUGCUACUCUCUUUCGUUCUUUAUCAUUCACCGUUCACUUUUCUACAUCUUCAUCCUUUCCUCUCAGUCUCUUGCUCUCCCUACACGUUACUAACCACCACACUCAUAGCCACCACUAAAUGAUCUUCGUUUCCGAGUUCCCCAAAGUCUGAACCAAUCAUGGACAGCUCCCAAAUCAGCAACCGAAUAUUCUCGUUUCUGUGUAGGAUAUGGAUCAGAUGAUUUUGGACAUGAAGUUGACGAAGAUUGUCUCUAUUUGAACAUUAUACGACCCGCAUCCAUACCCGAAAAUGCAUCUCUUCCAGUCGCAUUCUGGAUACAUGGAGGUGGAUUCUACCAAGGCGGUUCUGGAGAUGCUCGUUACAACUUAUCGUACAUUGUUCAAAAUAGUGUGGAGAUGGGUACACCCAUGAUAGGUGUCUCAGUCCAAUAUCGAUUAUCUGCUUGGGGAUUUCUUGGCGGUAGUGAGGUGCUGGAAAGUGGUAAUACGAAUUUAGGGCUUAGGGAUCAGAGAUUGGCUAUGCAAUGGGUUCAUGAAAAUAUUGGAAAUUUUGGAGGUGAUAAAAAGAAGGUUACUAUUUGGGGGGAAAGUGCUGGAGCUGCUAGUGUGGGCGCACAGCUUUUGGCUUAUAAUGGUUUGUUCCCUCUCGUCCCUGAGUGAUUGUUUUCAUUCUUCAUCAUUAGUUGAGUAAUUGAUUAACACUGAAUAGGACGAGAUGACCACCUAUUCCGCGCCGCCAUCUCCGAAUCCGGUGGCCCUGCAGUUCUUUUCUUCCCCGUCCCCUACUCCAAUGCCUAUAAUUCGACCACUCCACAAACCCUCUUCCAAACACUCGUCGCAAAUACCACUUGCGCACAUACACUCAGUUCAAACACCACCUCAACCACAUCUCUCCAAUGUCUCCGCACUCUCACCUUCUCUGAUUUAAACUCCGCUCUCAACAUCUCAACCAGCGGAUUUGGUCCCUUCUCCCCAUACAUCGACCACGACUUCAUAGCCGAUUAUCCAAGCAAACAACUCUCGGCAGGAAAAUUCGUCAAAGUCCCCUACCUCAUCGGCACAAACACAGACGAAGGAACCGCAUUCGGAUCCAGCUACGGCCCCAAUGGCAACGGUGUAAACACUGACGCUGAAUUCAUCACCAUGCUGAAUUCCACUGGUCUCCCUCCCUCCUCCAACGCAUCCCUCUCCAUCCAAUCCCUGUACCCCAACAACCAAAGCGUCGGAAUUCCCAGUCUGGAAAUGUACCCCGAUCUCUUCACACCUAGCAACCCGCUCUCCGCAUCCAGGGGUUUGCAAUCCCGUCGCGUGUGCGCUUACAUAGGUGAUUUAAUCAUGCAUGCCCCUCGUCGUCUUACCUCUCUUUCAUGGACAAAAUUCAAUAUUCCUAUCUACACGUAUCGUUUUGAUGUACUGGUAAAUGGGCUUCCUGAAGUAAUGGGCUCGACGCAUUUUCAAGAGGUGGCUUUUGUUUUUAAUAAUACGCGAGGAGAUGGUUAUGGAACUAAUCCUUUUGGGAAUAAAUCGGAGGGGUAUUUUGAACUGGCGAGCGAGAUUAGUAGGAGGUGGGUGGGGUUUGUUACAGGUUUGGUGCCGGAGGCGGGAGUGGGGGCUAGAUGGCCGGAGUAUGCGGGGGUAAGGGGAAGAGGAAGGAGGAGGAAGGGGAGGGAGGAACUUGGUUUUUGCGCCGACUGGGAGUUUUGUAGAGGAGGAUACUUUUAGGGCCGGAGGGAUUGAGUUUCUUAUGGAACAUAGUUUGGAUGUUUAUGGGAAGUAGGAUGUAGGAAGGAAUGAUGGUAGUGAGUAGGAGACGG